AUGGAUGUGGCAGACGAGUUUGACGACGAGUUUGACCGCGGCAUCCUUGAACAUAUCGAUGUACUUGAAUUGCAAUGGGCGGACAAGCCCACUGCGUCCCAAGUAGAUAGCGGGAGCGACACGUUGGAUCCAGCGAUGGAGGCGCUUUUCCAAACGUACGAGCACGCAGCGCCGAAUUUGCCGCGGCGCCCGUUUGGCAAUACCGCCAACUUGCCGCGCCCAAAGCCGGCGCCGCUAAAAUCGCAGGUGCCUCUUUCGGCGCGCGACGCGUCGCAAGCGCCGGGAAAUGCGCUCGUGCAGCAGGGGCUGUUUGGCCAGGCAUUUGUCGCCACGCCGACGCCGACGCCGACGCGCAGUACCGAAGUACACUCCUCGCAAGGCCAUGUAUCCAUGGCAGCGACGCCAUCCUCUUUCAUAGACGGCGCGCGAGUCAAAACAUGGGACCACACCGUAUUUGAGCAAGGGAACAGGGUCAUCAAACGCACCGAGGAGGAAGCAGCCGACGACCUCGUGUACGGCCCCCACAACCCAAAAACACCCGUGCCGCGUCCACCCGUGCACAUGACGCUUGCUGUCGACGACGACGCGGCACAGACAUGGAUAUACCCUGUAAACAAGCCGCUACGAGCGUACCAGCUGAACAUUGUCCGCAAAGCGCUCUUCAACAACGUGCUUGUCGCUCUCCCGACAGGCCUCGGCAAGACAUUUAUUGCCGCCGUCGUGAUCCUCAACAUGUUUCGGUGGUACCCCCAAGGCAAGAUCAUCUUUGUUGCGCCCACUCGCCCCCUCGUCACGCAGCAGCAGCAAGCAUGCCAUACUAUCUGCGGCCUCCCUUGGGAUACCGCGAUUGAACUCACCGGCAGUACUCGCCGAGCGCUGCGCGACGACGAAUGGCAGACCAAGCGCAUUUUCUACAUGACACCCCAAACGUUUGAAAACGAUUUGCUCUCGACGACAUGCAAUCCACGCGACGUUGUCUGUGUCGUGGUCGACGAGGCGCAUCGCGCUACUGGAAACUAUGCGUACUGCAAAGUGAUCCGGCAUCUUAUGUACUAUAAUCCCCACUUCCGCGUCCUUGCACUGACCGCGACCCCUGGAAGCCGUGCGGAGCAAGUCCAGGACGUGGUCAACAAUCUGCACAUCAACCGCAUCGAGAUCCGCACCGAGGAAGCGCUCGAUAUCCAGCAGUAUGUGCACCAUAAACACGAGCACUUAAUCCGUGUCCCGCUGGGCGCCGCGCUCGAAGAACUGCGCCGCGCGUGGGUGAACAUGAUGCAAGUCUUUUACGAGCCACUCGCCAAGGUCGGCAUGCUGCGCACCGCCGAUCCUGCAACGCUUCGCCCAUUUGCGGUGCGCGCUGCUGCUGCCGAUCCACACGGCCGCCGCAUCCUUGUGUCGCAGCCGUAUCUACGCGGCAGCGUGACGAACUUGGCGAGCAUGGCCCUCGCGCUGCAGUACCUCACCGAGCAGAGCGUGCGUGUGUUUUGCGAGCGCGUGCAGGCGAUUGCAGCGCCGGCCAAGUCCAGCAAGAAAGUCUCGCAAAAAGACAAGCUAUUUAGCACGAGCAAUCCACAGUAUUGCGACUUGCUGGAAAAGAUGGAGCACGUCGAGCAGGACGCUUCGCUCGCGACGCAUCCCAAGAUGCACGAGCUCCGCCGCGUCCUGCUCGGCCACUUUGCCAAGCACAAGGGCGACACACGCGCCAUGGUAUUCUGUUCCUACCGCCAAGUCGUCACAGAGAUUGUCGCGCUCCUCCAAGAAGCUGGGCUGCGCGCAACGCCCUUCAUAGGGCAGUCCACCGAUGCAAAAGGGAAUCGCGGCUUUACGCAAAAAGUGCAGGAGCAAGUCAUUCGUGAUUUCCAAGCGGGAACGUUUCAGGUUCUCGUCGCGACGUCGAUCGGCGAAGAGGGCUUGGAUAUAGGGGAAGUGGACUUGAUUGCUUGCUACGAGGCCGUGCGCGAUUCUGUGCGCACGCUCCAGCGCGUAGGCCGCACUGGACGUAUGCGUGAUGGUCAAAUUGUCGUGCUUAUGACCGAGGGGCGCGAAGAACACAACUGGCAGCACUCGAAGGAUUCGUACAAGAACGUGCAGAAACUCGUGCGCUCCGCGACGACAGUCGAGCUGUACACGGACGUGGACCGCCUCUUGCCUGCACAUUGCAAGCCAGAGCCUGUCAUGUGCGAGGUCGACCAGCCAGCGUUUGAUCUAUCCGCAUUGAAGCGCACUGCGCGGCGCAGCGAGCCUAAAAAGGUGCGCAAGAAACGCGGGGCGGCGCCGCCGGACGGUGCGCUGCUCGCGUUCUGUAGCGCUGGCGCUGUGCGUCGCGACGCACACCGCGAAGGCGAAGCGCCGCACACUGCACACAGCUCCAGCAGCGUGCGCACAAACUUGAGCGACGACUCGGAAGACGACGAAAUUGCGAGCGGCAUUCGUGUCCGCAGCUCUUCGAACACGCCUUACUCUUGGCCGUCGUCGCAUGGCGAGUCGCAGCGCGGCCGUGCAUUGGGCACGCGUCGUGUGCAUGCGUCACCGUGCUUUGCGCGAUACGCGCCGCAUCCUUUGGUGGCAACGUUGGCUGGCGAAGCAGACACUUGCGAGCGUCCAGCGCCGUCGCCCGUGUCGCCGUGCGGCGCGCGGGAAAGAGCGACGUCGCCAUCGCUGCACGUACCGACAAGCGAUGACGCUCCUUCGUCGCAUCUCCCCGACGAUCCGCUUCUAUUGCGCUCCGACGCACUCUCCGAUACGCCGUCGCCGCCGCCGUCGCCGCCGCCGCGCCAGAAAAAGCGGCGGAUCGGCGCGUCGCCCACGAGUCGACUUUUAUUCUGCCAUGAAGCAGAGCGCGACACUGAUUCUGAGGUGCACGGCGAGUCGGAUGAGGACGAUGACGGGGAUGGGGAGGAGGACGAGGCAGAUCGUGCCAUGAUUGGCGACUUUGUGCCGACACAGGCGCCGGGGUACAACCAGGAGAGCAUUUAUCUCCAGUCGCUGCUUUCCCAAAACGCGCCCGCACCAUUCCGCAAGCGCGAUCGCCUGCAGGCGCUCUUGCAGCGCCGCGAUGCGCUCCAGCCCUUGUCGGAGCCUGGCGAUGCGUCCUUGGACACGUACUCGCAAGACUCGUUUGUGGUCGGCGACGAUGACAUUUCGUGGGCGAGUGACGCGAGCGAAAGGUAG